AAAAUUAUCAAUUGAAAGAGCAACCAAAAAAUAUAAAGCAAGUGCUUAAAGAAUGUAAUCUCUGGCCAAUAAAGAGCAUUUGUUUAAUGUAUAAGCAGUAUUUUGGUAAAUGUGAUGAAGUUAAUUCAGAAAAAUUAGACUGUUGUAUAUGA